GUACUGACUUCUAUUGUCACCUCUGCCGCGUCGUCGUCUUCUCCUGCUCCCUACCGUGACAAACUGUCCAAGACCACUUCAGUCUCCUUUAGUGGAGGCGCAGCAUUAUUCGUCGUCGCGUAUGUCGUACGAGCGCUCGAGGGCAUUGGCGUUAUAACAGACUGUUGACUCCCAGGCCCUUUGCGUUCCCCCAAACUUCGGCACAUGUAUCACAUGAUUGAUUGUGUUCAAUCACAUGACCCUACACAUGAUCAGUCCAGAAUUCAGACUCGGUACUGGACGGCUCAGCACCUCGCAAAUCAACAAGGGUCCAAUGCCUUGCAUCUCCGAGCGAUCAAGACCAUCCAAUUAUUAGUCACAUUACACGCCCGUCAUCAAUUCAUCUCAAACGAGUUCUAGGUACUUGUAAGGUAGCGAUUGGAAAAUCCGCCAGAGGCCACCGCUUCCCUCUCUUGGCUUUCGACUUGAACUCGCAUCCGAUUCGCGAGCGGCACGUUGCUGAUGCACCUCUUUUCCAACAACAGUCCGUACCACGCUCCAUGCACAUCGAGUAUGCACAUACAAUAUAUCCUGGCGCUUGGACGUUCAUUCAGAAAGCGUGGCAAGUCACGAUUAGAGUAUCUGCAUAUUGCCAAUCCCUGGGCUCGAUGCAGCGAGGGCCCUUCCCCGGACUGCCAGACCAUCCAGAUUUCCAUGUCUCACCAGCUCUGUUGAGUUCGCAACCAAACGAUUCGAAGAAUCAUUACCGGCUGCAUUCAGCGCUGUUUGCCUUGUCGCGCGACGCUUAG